GAGGCUAUAAGCCUAUAACGAUUAAUGACAAAAAUAAUAAAAUCACAUAUUUUUCAUGAAUUAAUCAACGUAGAAGCAAGGUACCGAGGCUCCCUUUAAAUGCUCUCUCUCUCUCUCUCUAGUUCUCUCUCUCUCUUUCUAAUCGGUUUUUGCAGAGUAAUCAGCAGAAGAAGGUCGUUCUGAAACCCUAAUUUUCUUCCAAGAUUAAGAAAUCGUUCUUCAGAUGCUGAAUAUAUUAAAUGAAUGGCAGGUUUCCUGCAUUUUUGGAGGAUAUAAGGCAUGAAGCAAACUGUAAGCAAAUUUAAAGGUGGCUGAGGCAGGUGUGCUAAGAUGCCAAGUUUAAGCAAUCCAAUAAGCUUGAGUGAUUGCAACACAUGGCUUUUGAAGGUUUAUAAGCUUGAACAGUCUGCCUUUUACUCAUCAAGGAGAAACUCCAUGUAAUAUGGGCUUGCAUUGAGCUUGUUUCGUCUAUCGUUGAAAGAAGACUGCUGAAACAACAUGCUCUAUUUAUUAGCGCACUUGUCAUCCAACGUAGCAAGUCCCGAUAUUUUAGAUGCUCACAUCUGUGUAGUUCGGAAUUGAUAUUUGGAGACCCCUUUCUAUCUCCUGUCAAGUAAAGGUGCAGCCAUGUUGAUCAACAAACCCCUGCUACUAACAUAUUUGUACCUGCUAAUAUACAUCCUUCUGUCAUCAGGUGUUAUUUUAUUUAACAAGUGGGUGCUAUCUCCAAAAUAUUUCAAGUUUCCGUUUCCUAUAACGCUGACCAUGAUUCACAUGGGUUUUUCUGGUGUAGUCGCAUUCGUUCUUAUUCAUGUUUUCAAGGUUGUAGCACCCGUCAAGAUGACAUUUGUAAUAUAUACAACAUAUGUCCUCCCCAUCAGUGCUUUCUUUGCGGCGAGCCUUUGGUUUGGUAAUACUGCGUAUUUGCAUAUUUCCGUGGCUUUUAUUCAAAUGCUUAAAGCCCUUAUGCCAGUUGCAACCUUUCUGAUGGCUGUUGUUUGCGGCACUGACACACUAAGGUGUGACGUGUUCUUGAACAUGGUGCUGGUCAGUGUAGGAGUUGUCAUUUCUUCAUACGGGGAGAUCCAUUUUAAUGUAGUUGGGACACUUUAUCAGGUUACUGGUAUAUUUGCGGAAGCUCUUAGGCUGGUCUUAACUCAAGUCCUCCUCCAAAAGAAAGGCUUGACACUGAAUCCUAUUACUAGUUUAUAUUAUAUAGCACCUUGCAGCUUCCUGUUUCUAUUUGUACCUUGGUAUUUGUUGGAGAUGCCAGCAAUGGAAGUUUCACAGAUACAGUUCAAUUUUUGGAUUUUCUUCUCAAAUGCUCUUUGUGCUCUAGCAUUGAAUUUCUCAAUAUUUUUAGUAAUUGGAAGAACUGGAGCUGUCACCAUCCGGGUUGCUGGUGUUUUAAAGGAUUGGAUUUUGAUAGCCCUUUCAACUAUUAUAUUUCCAGAAUCAGCUAUUACUGGACUAAAUAUCAUCGGCUACGCAAUUGCUCUAUGUGGGGUUGUCAUGUACAACUACUUGAAAGUUAAGGAUGUUCGUGCUUCAAAUCAACUUCCAACUGAAACUAUCCCAGAACGAACAAGCAAGGAAUGGAAGCUGGAUAAAAAGUCAUCGGAUCUGUACCCAAACAACAAUAAUGGUGGCAAUGGCCCUGGGAAUAAUGGCUCGGGAGUCAAUGUCAAUGUAGAUGAAGAAGCCCCUCUCAUUCCGUCAUCGAGACUCUCUCACAUUGGUCGAUCCCAGCUUAGCACGCAUUCCAACUGACUUUUUCUCACCCCCUCACUUGUAUGUUCACUGACCAACCAUUAUUUUAGGGUCCCUCCUCUCUGUCUUUUCCUUUUGGCUUCUCUCCCAUUUGGUUUUCCUUGAGGUGGUGUGCUUGAAUCUGUCCCUACAGGCCUGAUUUCAAGUAGGAGCACAUUCAGUUGUGGCCAUUUUUGUAACGGGUCACAUCACUAUGCAUGGAGUGUCUGCUUUGAGUCCCAUUUUCUCUCGCUACAGCAAGGCAGCUCGCCAUUUAUAAUCAUUUUCUUGAACUUCAUCCAAGAGUGCAUUUUAUAUCCCGUUUUCUCUGAGGACCGCCUGUUUUAUCUCCCAUUUUCACAUGCUACAGGGAAGGAGUGCCCAUUUUUUACCUUAUUUCUCUCUCUACAAUUUAGACCGGAAAACCAAAAAAGGAGAGAACCCAGGUUCUGGAAUUUUUUUGCCUGGCAUGGUUCUGUUUCACCUCCAAGACUGGCCAGAAUUCAAUAUCUAAAAAUGCGCAUUUUUAUGUGGCAAUCUCCAUGUAAACUCUGUUGUAUCCCUUCCAUGAAUAUUCAGUGAAUUUAGCAGAUUUUAUGCCAUUCAACUCCAUUCUUAUUCUUA